CGAGCGGUCCUGGGGCGGAAGUGACGCGACGCCGGUUCUCCGCUUCGAGAAGGUGUAGCCGGUCCGCGCUGGGAGGCGGCGGUGGUGGCCGCUGAGCUCCGGAGCGGGGUGUAGCGUGCCGGGCGGAGGCCCUGACGGAUUCACAAUGACAUCCUUUCAAGAAGUUCCAUUACAGACUUCCAACUUUGCCCAUGUCAUCUUUCAAAAUGUGGCUAAAAGUUACCUCCCUAAUGCACACUUGGAGUGUCACUACACCUUAACUCCAUAUAUCCAUCCACAUUCCAAAGAUUGGGUUGGUAUAUUCAAGGUUGGAUGGAGUACUUCUCGGGAUUACUACACAUUUUUGUGGUCUCCUAUGCCUGAACAUUAUGUGGAAGGAUCAACAGUCAACUGUGUACUGGCAUUUCAAGGAUAUUACCUUCCAAACGAUGACGGAGAAUUUUAUCAGUUCUGUUACGUCACUCAUAAGGGUGAAAUUCGUGGAGCAAGUACUCCUUUCCAGUUUCGAGCUGCUUCUCCGGUUGAAGAACUGCUCACUAUGGAAGAUGAAGGAAAUUCUGAUAUGUUGGUGGUGACCACAAAAACUGGCCUUCUUGAGCUGAAAAUUGAGAAGACCCUGAAAGAAAAAGAGGAAUUGUUAAAGAUGAUAGCUGUUCUUGAAAAAGAAACAGCACAACUGAGAGAACAAGUUGGAAGAAUGGAGAGAGAACUGAACCACGAGAAAGGACUGUGUGAGCAGCUGCAGGCUGAGCAGAAGAGCCUUCUUGAAGUAACACAGAGUUUGAGAAUGGAAAAUGAAGAGUUUAUGAAGAGAUACAGUGAUGCUGCAUCUAAAGCUCAACAACUUGAAGAAGACAUUGUGUCAGUAACACAUAAAGCAAUUGAAAAGGAAACUGAGCUAGACAGUUUGAAGGAUAAACUCAGGAAGGCACAGCAUGAAAGAGAACAACUUGAAUGUCAGCUGAAGACAGAAAAGGAUGAGAAGGAACUUUAUAAGGUACAUUUGAAGAACACAGAAAUAGAGAAUACCAAGCUUGUGUCAGAGAUACAGACUUUAAAGAAUUUAGAUGGAAACAAAGAAAGCAUGAUUACUCAUUUCAAAGAAGAGAUUGGCAAACUGCAGUUGUGUUUGACUGAAAAGGAAAAUUUACAUAGGGCUCUCCUGCUUACAAGCCCAAAUAAAGAAGAUACAUUAUUUCUAAAGGAACGGCUUCGUAAAGCAGAGGAACAAGUUCAGGCAACCCGUCAAGAAGUUAUCUUUCUGGCUAAAGAGCUCAGUGAUGCUGUGAAUGUGCGAGAUAAAACUAUGGCAGAUCUCCAUACUGCACGUUUAGAAAAUGAGAGAGUGAGAAAGCAGCUGACUGACGCACUGGCAGAGCUUCAGUUAAAUGCUGUGAAAAAAGAUCAGGAAAAGAGUGAUACACUGGAACAUGAACUGAGAAGAGAAGUUGAAGAUCUGAAACUCCGUCUCCAGAUGGCUGCAGAUCAUUACAAAGAAAAGUUCAAGGAAUGCCAGAGGCUCCAAAAACAAAUAAACAAGCUUUCAGACCAGUCAGCCAGUACUAGUAGUGCCUUCACAAAGAGAAUUGGGACUCAAAAAGUGAAUGAUGCCUCAAUGAACACAGACCCGGCCGCUUCUGCUUCUGCCGUGGAUAUGAAGUCAGCAGUCUCUUCUGCAGAGACAGAUUUUGACAUGUCAACAAAGGAUUAUGUCUGUGAAAUGACCAAAGAAAUUGCUGAGAAAACAGAAAAGUAUAAUAAAUGUAAACAACUAUUACAGGAUGAGAAAACCAAAUGCAACAAAUACGCUGAUGAACUUGCAAAAAUGGAGCUGAAGUGGAAAGAACAAGUGAAAAUUGCUGAAAAUGUAAAACUUGAACUAGCUGAAGUAGAAGACAAUUACAAACUACAAUUGGCAGAGAAAGACAAAGAAAUAAAUGGUCUGGCUUCACAUUUGGAAAAUCUCGCAAGGGAGAAGGAACUUCAAAGGAGUUUAGAAGAUCAGAAAGGAAGGAAAAUGGAAGGUCAGAGCCCCCAACAAGUCUUGAGGUGUCUCAACACGUGCUCUGAGCAAAAUGGGCUCCUUCCCACACUCUCGGGUGCACAGCCAGUUCUGCAGUACGGCAACCCUUACACAACACAGGAAACGAGAGAUGGAGCAGAUGGGGCUUUUUAUCCAGAUGAAAUCCAGAGGCCACCUGUGAGAGUUGCAUCUUGGGAAGACAAUGUUGUUUGUAGCCAGCCUGCUCGGAACCUUAGCCGGCCGGAUGGUUUAGAAGACCCAGAGGACAGCAGAGAAGAUGAGAAUGUGCCCGUUCCUUCUGAUCCAGCAAAUCAGCAUUUACAUGGUCAUGGAGCAGGCUUUUGCUUUGAUUCCAGCUUUGAUGUUCACAAGAAGUGUCCCCUCUGCGAAUUGAUGUUCCCUCCCAACUAUGAUCAGAUCAAGUUUGAAGAACACGUUGAAAGUCACUGGAAGGCGUGCCCAAUGUGCAGCGAGCAGUUCCCACCUGACUACGACCAGCAGGGCUUUGAAAGGCAUGUUCAGACCCAUUUUGAUCAGAAUGUUCUAAACUUCGACUAGCUUUUAUUCUGAGUUAGUAAAAUUAGCACUUAAGAAAAAGAGAAAGAAACCCUCAGAGUCUAAGGGAAGCACAGGUGUCACUUCUACGUCCCUGUGCUGCGCUUCUCUGACUGAGAACUUCUUUGGGAUAUGGUGUCGCUGCAGGGCACAGCUUUGACUACAGUAAAUACAGUUGUCAUCUGUUACUCUUGUCUGCUUUAAGAACAGUUCUUGUACGUUCAUAUCUGUUUAUUCCAUAGUUAGAAAAAGUAUAUGAAGAAGGACACAGGAAUUGUUUUAAUGUUACUGAAUUGAAAACACACACACACAUCUAUGUAGUAAGUUGCAGAUUACUUAGUACAAUCAGAUUUACAAGUUUCUGUUCACCUUGGUGAUUGAGCAUGACUACUAUUAUGUAAUAAAAAGCAUUGAUCAUAACAGCUCUGUGAAAUAAUUCUUUGAAUAUAGAAAAAUCCUUAAUUUAGUUAGUGAAAUGACAAAUUUUAAAAUCCUACUUGGUCAUGGAGCUGCACGAAGAAUGAGAUCAUAGGUUUUAAGAUAAUCUUUUUGUAUGCAAAACACUGGCUCUAGGAAUUAAUAUGAGGCAUAUUUUGUUAAUUUAUGAUAAAAAUUUUAACAUAAUCUGGAUGACUAUUUUUCAAUUAUUGAAUUUGUAUUUAUAACCAGUGAGAGAAUGGACCAAGAUAAAUCAAGGCAUCAUCUGUUUUCAUUAAAUGACCUUUGUAAAUGGUUUGUGGCAUAAAAAUGACUGUGUAUUGGUAUCUUUCUCACAGUUUCCGGAUGAGAAUACAUAUUGGAAAUAACAUUCCUCAGUCAAUGAUUAAAAAUAGAAUGCACAACCCAAA